CCUGUAAAGGUAAGAAUCGUGUUGAAAGUACGGUGCUUAUACAUAGAAUAGAAUCGAUGAAAGCCGAUGGGCUAUUGUGAAUCGUUCUUCGUAAUAAAAAGUAUUAGAUACUCCAAUACUGUUUGGUUCGUAAGUCGUAGGGUCGAGGAAGGGGUCUUCGAGCGUGGCCAGUUACGGUCCUGGUGUUAGUUGAGGACUGCGGUCGAACGGCGGCGCAUGGGUCGGAUUCCCGUCAAGACACGAGGCUUUGCACGUUUUCACGACGCUUCGACUGUCUACGUCCGUGACCCGUGGCCAAGUCAGCACUUGAUCAUGAUCCGAUCAGUACCAGCUGACUUGUUCGUCAGGAUGUCGGUGUGUGUUUUGUUGUGGUCGCGUUUCUGAGAAGACUCGUCCGUAUUUCUCUCGGUAGUGUAUAAAUCGUAAAUAGAUAACGUGCGCAGCCGAUACGCGGCACCGAGGUGAACGCAAGCGACACGCGAAGGUGAAGCAUAAAUGCGCUAUGCGCGAUGGAAUGUGCGGUAGUGGUGAGAGUUGUGAUGGUGUUUUGAAAGGACACGUUUAUCCACGUGGAACGUGGUCCCAGUUUUCGUCGUGACUCGUGACUCGACGAGACUAGCAGUCGAACGCGAACUAAAGAAAGGAGGAAGAAAGAAAGAAACGAAGGAAGGAAGGAAGGAAGAGGUAGACGAUACAGGAGAGGACACUUGAGCCGACGGCGGAGCGUGGAGACAGAGAGAGAAAAAGAAAGAGCGACGGAAUGGGAACGAGGGAGACGGAAAAGGCGACGAGCGAAGAGAGAGGGAAAAAAGAUAGAAUAAAGACGCCGAGCGACUCUUGUUUGAUCGCGAAAACACGUGGGGAACGACGCGGGAGAGGGUUUUCCUUGUAAACCAAGUUUUCUCGACCGAUAAUGGGAGGACAUGGCAGAGAAUACCCGUGUCUUGACGAUCGAUCGUUCCCCAGCAUGACGAAGGUGCACGAGAAACGUUGGAAAACGGCAUCCUAUCGCACGAAUACGCGCAAACGUGAUUUUGGACUAUCGGCAUGCCGAGUAAUGUGGGACACGGCAGUGGUGCUCGAGUAGUGAUUGUGUUAUCGACGUGUCAUCAUCGCGGCUCGAAUCCACUUCGCAGGUUGGAAUGUACUACGUACCUAUGAGACACGUGACUGCAUCUCAACGAUGAAACCAUGAGGGCCAGGAAGUUCUUCAUCUUCGACAGAAAGCUCUUCUGAACGAAGUCGCGAUGUGAUCAUCGGUGCCUUGAGCUUUCUAAAAAGACUUUGCUAGAAAGCAAAUUGGUUCGCGGGUGAACGGGAUUCUCGUAACCCGGGAGUCCCUCGACGCGAAUCUUUCCAAGAUCCGAGGUGUCGUUCGAAUUUCGGAUCAACACCCGGCGUUCGGAAACGCGAUUUGAUUCCCGUAAGAAGCGAUCGAAGAUCGCGGUCUGUGCGAGACGAGGAAGGGAGCAUGAAACGUAAAGGUUUGUAACGAGGUCGACGAGGAGCCAUUAACCAAGCAGCUGCAACAGUUGAUCGUUCUUGAUCGUUCGCGCCAAGUAGAAAGUUGAAAUCUUUGCGAAGAAUCGGCGAGCUUGAGAAAACGGAGUCCCGAUUCUUGGCGAGAUUGUUGCAACGGGAAGUAGAGGAGUAGAACCGAUAAAUCGUUGAACGAGAGGAACGACGGCGACUGCGUUGCCGAUCGUCGAGUCGGUAAUCGAGCCACUCGAGAUUCGUAAUAGUCUCCUUUGCACGUACAAACAGCCGUGACGACAACGAUCGAUUGUCGACCGAUUAAUUGGGAGAAGUGUGCGGAGGUGGAAGAACCAGAGGGUGGGAUAAUUUAGGAAGGUUUGACGAUAGCCUCGUCAAUAGUACAGUGUCGAUGAGACAAGGAGAUGAGGAUGAGGUGGUGGUCGCUGCUGAUCGUAUUCCUCUGCGUCGCGGCGCGCCUGGCGUGCUGCCAGGAGAAGAGGUGGUCGAAGAUGACAGGGAAUUAUCGCGAGAGAACCGCUAAGAACAAAUACGACCUCGAUUACGCGGACAGAGAGAACGGCGAUCUACGCGAGCAAGGUUACCGCGAACAAGACUCGAUCGACAUUGCCGACGAUUCCGAGUUUUACAAUCAAAUCGUUUCUCACAGGAGCAACAGGGCGAUCGAUGCUUCCAGAUCAACGGAUGUCAAGACGAAAUUGAAACAGCAACCUGGCCAACUGUCGAAUCUCUCCAAACCGAUCGCGAAGUCAACGAGCGUAGCCCGUGAGAAGCAAAGAUUAAAGUUGAAAUCCAUGAUGAUCGGAGACGGUAUCUGUCACAGCUUAGAUAUUAGAAAUAGCGUGGCGUACUUCGCGAUCAUGAAGAACUGCCGCGUGAUAGAGGGUUUCCUGCAGAUCGUCCUGAUCGAGGACAGCACCGAGGCUGAUUUUCAGAACAUACAUUUUCCCGAACUGAGGGAGAUCACCGGCUACCUAUUGCUGUACCGCGUAAACGGCCUAAAGAGUCUCGUCAACCUGUUCCCGAAUCUCGAGGUGAUCAGAGGAAACGUCCUGCUCACCGAUUACGCGUUCAUGUUGUACGAGAUGCAGAAUCUGCAAGAGAUUGGACUGAAGAAGCUCACGGAAAUCUCCAGAGGCAGCGUUCGCAUCGAAAAGAAUCCAGCUCUGUGCUAUACCAAUACCAUCAAUUGGACAGUCAUCGUUUCGGCGGGCGAGAAUGUUAUCAAGGACAACGGGGAAGAAGCUUCUUGUCCUGGAUGUUCUCAUUGUCCAGAGGGUUUCUGCUGGACUGCCCAUCACUGUCAAAGGAUAGAAAUGCCAAAGUGUCACGAUCAGUGUCUCGGGGAGUGUCACGGACCUUCGGAGAACGAAUGCUUCGUUUGCAAACACUAUCGGCACGAAGGAAGAUGCGUCGACAAGUGUCCUAGUCAUCUAAACGCCUAUCUUUCGAGACGCUGCGUCACGAAGGACGAGUGCGUACAAAUUAAUCGUUUGAGAAGGUUACACCUCCUGGAGGAGGGACAAUUUUGGCGACCGUUCAAUGGAACCUGUAUGAUUCAGUGUCCCGAGGGAUACGAGGACGCACUCGACGCGGAAAAUAAAACCACGUGUCGACUUUGCGAAAAUCACUGCCGGAAGGUCGGCCACGGUGCUCUGAUACGGCACAUCUCGGACGCUCAAAGCUUCCGUGGCAUAACCGUGGUGAAAGGUGCUCUGGAGUUCCAGAUUCGAAACGGAAACCCAAACAUAAUGAACGAACUGACCGAAGCAUUCGGCCUAAUCGAAGAAAUCACCGACUAUUUGAAAGUCACUCACUCGUUUCCCAUCACGUCGUUAAGUUUUUUAAAAAAGCUCAGGAUCAUCAAGGGUGAAAACGUCGAUACGAACAAUGCGAGCUUGGCUAUUCUCGAUAAUCCAAAUCUGUCGAAUCUGUUCCCGCCGGAGCAGAAGAUCGAAAUCGAGAGAGGCAAAUUGUUCUUUCACUACAAUCCAAAGUUGUGUCUCUCCAAGAUCAUACAGCUGAGCAAAAUGGUGAACCUGAACUUCUCGGAUCUGGAAGUGCAACCGGAAUCGAACGGUGAGAAGGUAGCGUGCAACAUCGUCAACAUAAACAUCACUGUGAAAUAUCUUGGAGCGGAUUACGCGGACUUGGUCUGGGACAGUUACAAACCACCGGAGGGCCAGCAGCUGCUCAGCUAUCUGUUGAACUAUGUCGAAACGGAGAACGAAAAUAUCAGCUACGAGGCAAACGCCUGCGGCGGUAACAACACCUGGCAAAUAGUCGACGUCGAUAUUCCAAAGCGAAGCUCCACCGUUUCUAAACACAUCAUGAAUUUAAAGCCGUACACCAGGUACGGAGUCUACGUGAAGACCUUCAUGGCCAGGAGCACAGGCUCCUUCGUAAACCCCGUGGGUCAAUCAGAAAUUAUUUUCUUUCGAACGAAAAGCGCCAUACCAUCGCCUCCGAUAAACGUGAUAUCGAUUCCGCUAAGCGACACCGAGAUAUUAGUCAAGUGGCAACCUCCGAUAUACCCCAACGGCCCGAUAGGAUAUUACAUGGUCUCCAGAACCAUAAUACCCGAAGAGGAAGAUUUGAUAUCCUCGCGGGAUUACUGCAACGACACGUUGGAGAACGAGUUCGAGGUCGAACGGGUAGUGCCGCAAGUAACUAUUAAAACGCCGGUUUUGAACGCUGCCUCUUGUUGUGCGAAAAACGGGAGGGCCAACUUGUUCACGUCGAACAAAUUCGAGAUAUUCUGUCAUCAAAAUACAACCAUCAGCUAUGUAUCGCCUGGUUGGAAGGACCAUUGCGUCUACAAUAGCUACAAUUCCAUGGACAAGUUUUACGAGCUGGCAAACAAUCUGUCAUCCUCUUCUCAACCGGGGGACACAUCUGAAACCGACAACUCCAAGUCGCUUGCAAACUUGGGAGACGAAGUCAUCCUUGCUUACAACGUGAGCAACCGAAACAAUUCGUUUGUGAUCAAGAACUUGCGUCACUAUUCGCGAUAUAUCGUCAACGUGGCCGCGUGUGGUAUAAAGAUAGACGACACGCAAAUGUGUUCGUCGAUAGAGUACGCGAGCACCAGAACGAAGAAACGAGAGCACGCGGACGAUGUCUGCAACGUGAAAGUUCGCGUAACGAAUAACACCAUAGUCGAAGUAACGUGGGACUUGGUGAAGAAUCCUAACGCGCUCACGGUUUCGUACACUAUAGAGUACACAAACUUGGAGGUGAGGGAUGCGAAGAAAAGCACAGAGUGCAUACCGCACACGGGUCGCCGCGAAAAGUUCAACAACUAUUUCAUCAAGAACUUGAGUCCAGGCAAGUACAGUUUACGGAUGCGUUCGACGUCGUUAGCUGGAGACGGUGCCUUCUCGGAUCUGGUUUACUUCACCUUAGGCGGCUCGAAUACCGCUCCCAUCACUUUGAUCUCCGUGUUGACUCUCGGCGUUCUCUCCGUAAUCUUGGUUGUGAUGUUCCUAUUCUUGAGGAACGAGCACAAGAAGAAGAAGCAAGAAAGACUGAUAGCCAACGUAAAUCCGGAUUAUAUAGAGACCAAGUAUGUGAUCGACGAGUGGGAAGUGCCCAGAGAGAACGUCGAGAUUCUGGAGGAACUCGGUCUGGGUAACUUCGGUAUGGUGUAUCGCGGAUACUUUAACAAGACCACACCCGUGGCUAUAAAGACCAUCUCAAAGACGGCUAGUCAGCGAGAAAAGAACGAGUUUCUGAACGAGGCAUCGGUAAUGAAAAACUUUUCGACUUAUCACAUCAUCAAGCUUCUAGGGGUCGUGUCCGUAGAGAAUCCUCCGUUCGUAAUCAUGGAGUUGAUGGAGAACGGAGAUUUAAAGACGUAUCUGCGUCGCAUUCGUGACACUCAUCUUGUACCAGACUCGUGUAGGAUAAUGAGAAUGGCGGCGGAGAUCGCGGAUGGCAUGGCCUACUUGGAGUCGAAGAAGUAUGUUCAUCGAGACUUAGCCGCGAGGAACUGUAUGAUUGCGAAGAAUCUCGUCUGCAAGAUCGGUGACUUUGGAAUGGCAAGGGACAUUUACGAGACCGACUACUACAAAAUAGGUAGAAAAGGACUUUUGCCUAUAAGGUGGAUGGCACCCGAGAAUCUCUCGGACGGUGUGUUUACUUCCGACUCGGAUGUCUGGUCCUUCGGCGUGGUUCUCUACGAAAUUCUGACUCUCGCCGAGAUGCCUUAUCAAGGCUUGUCGAACGAGGAGGUACUCAGUCACGUACUGCACAAAGGGACUCUGAAUAUACCGCGCAGUUAUCCUGGAAAUAUCCAAAAAAUCAUGGAGAAGUGUUUCAAAUGGCGGCCCAGUGAUCGUCCCACGUUCAUGGAGAUCGUGGCCGAGUUGGAGCCGUUUCUGAGCCAAGACUUUUGCGAGAAAUCGUUCUAUCACUCCGUGGAGGGUGUGGAGAGUCGCAACUCGGGUAUUAAGAAGCCGUAUCAUCCCGCCGCGCCUAUUAGAUUCCAUUGGGGGAACGAGACUGCCAGGUGGGUAAAGGAGUUCGAGGACAACGUGACGCUUCUCGAUCAAACGAAAGCUGGCACCAGUAGAGGUCGUAUCUUCAAAAAUGGUUUCCAACAUUUUGGUAACGUAUCUAAUCUGGAGAACGUACCUCUCGAUCGAUGAGAUCGGUCACCGCGUACCUAAUUCCUGGCGUGUGUUCUACGAGACCUUCACAGUCACAAACUUGUAGAUACAAUGUACAAACGAUACUCAGGGCAAUAUCGCGAUUGAACCAACGAGUACCAGAUGGACGAUGGAACACACGAACGCGGCUUAUUUGACGUGUUCCAUCGUCGUUGGCGCGACGUCCGCGAAUCGUCUCUCGGAGCUCGUCGACGAAUAGAACUUUGAUGCUGACGAGCCACUAAACAGAUUUUAUCGUUUCUUGUAUCCGAGCGUAUACGUUCCACUCGAAUUAUUCGCGAGCCUAACCAAAAGCGUUUGCGUGUCGCGCGUUGUGCGACGCGACGGACCAUUCAGACGCAAAGAGUGUUUCCUAAAGCGCAACCAAAAGCUCUUAGCUCUUCAGCCAUGCAAGUCUACGAACCGUUCAUUCCUUGGAAGGGUAACUUUUACCAUUAUCCUUUCGUGUGGAUAUACUUAUCUAGAGUAACCAUUCUCGGACCGUAGAGCCACGCGUUUAAUAGCUGUACCCUCCUAUCGCGCAAAGAACUGAUUAAUUAUAACGAAAUUGCGUCGUCGUAGAAUCGUUUGCUACGUUGUGCAACCAUAUAGAAUCAAUUCUUUAUUAUUCGAUGAUCGUUGAACGUAGAAACGUAGGAAACGUUGGUUGUGGAUAAACGAACGCGUUUGUGGAUAACUUCUUUUUUGUUUGUUUCUUCUUUUUUUUUUUUGUCUGUUAAGUUCGUACUUAGGCGCUGUCCACAACGCCAAGUUCGAUACUUUGAGUUAUUUCUUUUACAAGUGACGUAUAUUAUCGAAUAUUUAAUUAUUUAGCUAAGGUACGGGGAACGUAAGAAACUAUAGAAAGGGGGGAAUAAAAUUAAUUGUUAAACGAAACGAUAUGCACCUCGAAAAAUAUUUCCAUAAAUGUACAGAGAACGUAGUAUCGAGUAAUAAUUAUAAUAAUUCGCUAUGUACAGUUUUCGAAGAGAACAGAGAAGAUGUUCGUUGAGUACUUUACUUCGCUUUUCCUGACUAUUUCGGGAAAACGAUCGAUCGAAAUCGUGUAUUGUCGUGCUUCGUUGCUUAAUUUCAACUCGUCGUAGUUUACAUAUACAUAUCUAUGUCCUAUCUGACAUUUUUCUGAAACUCUUUCAACAUACACGCAUACGUUCGAACCAUGUUUUAGCAUCGCUAGAAAUUUCACAAGAUAUUCGCGUAGAUCGAUCGAAAUAGGAACAGUUCUUACAUCGAAUCGAAUGGAAGGUGACUUUACGAGUCUUUUCACCUAAAAUCAAUUUGAGAACAAGUUUAACAAUUUCCGUGUAUUCUAUCGAUAAAUAUGUUCGAGCAGGAGUCGACAGUUCCAGACUGGUGGAAAGCCAGAACUUGCACGUUCAACUAUACGAGAAUCCAUACACAUCAGAGUUCCUUGUUACAUGUAUACCGAUCGCACGAGCUGUACACCUCGGGUGUGAAAAAUUCGCGAGUGACCAGCGGCGUGUUUCGUUAACAGGUCGUAUAGUGUCCGCUCGUGCGGGUAUCUUGUAGGUAAACUUGCAAUAAGCAUGCCAACAAUCUUUGCAAUAAGUAUACAAAGUAAGCUAACAGUUAAGCAGAGGGAAUCUAGGAGACAAAAGAGAAGAAUGUCUCUAUUUUAUAUUGUAACGGAUAGCCGGAUAAGUAUUUUUCGGUACUGGCCGUAUUUAUCGUCUUGAUCGAUCGUCGCGUCGGGGACUGGGAAUAUACAGGGAUAUACGGUAUAGUCGAAGAGAAGAGAAGGGUUGUAUCGACUCGCCGCGAAGUAAACGAUGAAUCCUUCCUCUUUUCCGAGGCGUUAGUCGAUUUCUCGUUGUUCUAUGAACGAGGGAAAAAUCGAACUAAAAUCAUCAGGGCCAAUGCGAGAAUACGAAAAUUUCACAUCACUUCUUGUGAUCUUUUAUCAUCUGCUGUAGGGUAUUUCAAAAGCUUUCGAUUAUUUGGAUCGAUUAUCCGGGACAAACGAAACGAGAUAUUUAUAUCGUAAUUAUUAUUAAAGUAGCGUUUACGUUUGUACGAGUAAAUAUUAUAAUAUUGUUAAUUAUUAUUGUCUGUUUAUCGAGUAUGUCUAGAAGUUCCUUUAAUUUAACACUGUUUCGAUAGAACAUCACUGGUUUUCUACCAUACUUUAUUUAGAUACUUUAAUAUCGAUAAGAACGAUUGAGAAGGUAAAAGUAAAAUAGGGUAAUAGUCCACGUAAUCGAAAGUCUGACUCGCGUUGAUACACGGCAUAUUUUAUUAAAUCAGUUUUCUAUGUCGGUACAGGCAGGUAAUUGAAAAUACUUGGCAGGAAAAAAAAAGUAACUUGGUAAUUAAAUUAAGACGCGUGUAUAGUAAACAGUCAGAGGUAUUAUAAAAUAUUACGGUAACGCGAAAAAUUCAUAUUAUUGCGAGAAUAUGUUCGAUACCACGGUCUAUAAUAUAGCGAGGAGAGUGAUGAGAUUACGCGUGAAAUUUUAGUCUUAGCGUUUAUGUAUCUCGUGGACAAUUUUAGAAAAUUAGCGACCACGGAGAAGCAAUUGUAAGUUGCGAGGAUUUUAUUGAUUAUCGAAUUUUUUAGCCUUGACGUUGAACCUAUUUAUCAACUAUUUGGUCUUUACCCUCUCGUUCUGUGUAAUAUUAUUCGACACUUUGCUCGAUUUUACUGAAAUUUGCGACACGACCAAACAAUUAUUGCGACGAAUUAGCUCUAUAUUCGAUAGUGUGAAACUUGCGUUACACGCAACGUACUCGCGUAUCAGCAAUUUAUCGUUCGAAUCCGAGUUUUUGUAUGUAGGAAAAGUUUCGUAUAUUCAGUGGUGUUCAGGUUCCGCAAUCUUCAGUAAAGUUCAUAUCGUGUGCAAGAGAAUCUUUAACAAACUCUCGCGAUGUUCGGCAUCGCACACGUUGUACAUAUUACAGAAUAAAUAGCGUUAAUAUUGUUGAAAUUACGAUACCUACCCAGACGGAACAUCGAGAGUUAGUAGUAGUACUGGAAGUAUGUUGGUCCGAUACUGUGCAAAUAUAAUUCAUAGAAAUUUUUAUAACUAUAUGGAUGAUAGACCAAUAACGAAAAUACGUGUUCUAUAUUGUACGGUAUCGACGGUGUAAUAUACAAAGUGUCUCAAAAUGUGUGGUAAAUCGCAACGAUGAUCGUUCCGUUCGGAAAAAGUAAAUGGUUGGAAAAAUAUUAUUUUCCAUUUUUAUUAAUUUUUUAAAGAGAGAAAUUAUCCUUCCGUGCGUCGUAUCGCGUAUUUUGCCAGAUCUAAUUGUAUAUCUGACGCGUACACGAUUAACAUUAUUUCGGUCUAUUUCAUUGGAGAGAAAAAAAAUUGUUUGUAUAAAUCUGUUUUCCUUUGGGGUUCAUAUCGAGCAGCACUUUACGUGUACGUGUAUGUAUGUAUGUAUGUAUAUACAUAUAAUUUGUUCGUUUUAAAGAAAGAUCGAAUUUCGUUAUUUGUGCGAAAGCACAGAGAAGAGAGACUGGGAAGUAUAAUAUUCUUGAAAUCAAAAUACUCUAAUGGGCAUUAACGUAUCUUCCGCGAGCUUCGAUAAAAAGUAAAUACGAAUAUUUUUUACUGUUGCAAUAAUAGAAGGUAAAUUGUGUAAAUAAUAAGAAUUCAGACGACAAGAAGAGUCCGUACGCGUUGAUCGAAAUAAAAAUAAGCGCGGCAAGACGAAUUACGAUAUUAAGUGAUACAGGAACCAGUAUCGGGUCAACGAGGUAAAAAAAUUGGUCGCGCGUAUCGCGUUCUGUCUGGGUAAUCGAUUAGUAUUUAUUGUUGUCGCCUAGUGCCUGAAGGCAGGAAAUUCUUCGUUCCCUGCGCGUUUCUCCCGAACGAAGAAGAGCCGAGUCGCGCGUGUAAUUGGGAUGAAACGCAUCAAGGGAAAAGUUUUUAGUUGAUAGACGUUGUCAGUGCCGUAACUAGAAGGCGCCCGCCCCUCGUUCGCUCACUCACCAAAACACGCGACUAAGUUUUAUUUAAAGCCCGUUUAGCUAAACGAACCCGCAGACCGUAACUUGUACAUAUGUUGUAUACUGUACAUAUACACGGAUGUACUUGUACCAAUUCGUUAACGGUAAACAGUAAACGGUAAACAGUAAACGGUAAACAAGUGGUCCAAUCGCGAUACAUUAAUAUAUAUAUAUGCACGUAUUUGAUUCUCUUGUAAAUAUAGAUUUCGUAGAGGUUUACAGGGUGAACGACCAAGCUUAAAUUAUUCUGGCAGCAGCAAGCGAAAACCUGCUGUAGUCGGGACAAAACCAAUUGGCUGCUCGAGACCAUUGGAUAGCCCGUUCUCCCGCUACGAUUUUCGCUCGUGUUACGGCUCCAUUUUCGCAUAAUUCGUGGUGGGAGAAGUGGCCUUCGGCGGCCAAUGAAGUUUCAUUUAAUUUACAGAACCCCCGAUUUUUUUUCGUGGAGAACAUCGUUAUCGAUUACGAUAGCGUAAUUGAUCGAAAGUCAUCGAAACGUAACUUUGCUUGCUACGACUUGCUACUUGUAUAGCGUCUUAAUUGCUUAAGUAAUUAGCUGGUAAGAAUAAACUCUUCCGCGUUACUUACGAGAAAUUGAUUGCGAAUCGAAAAAACACAAACGCUUUCAAAAUGGCAUCUCAACAAUGGCUAAUGAAACGUGUUUCCUUUAUCGAUAAUCGCAUUCACGCACCACCACUCUAUUUUAUUUAGUAUAAUUUCGCAUGGUUUUUCUUUUUCCAUCUUUCUCGGCAAAGUUUUCCUUUUUCCGUACGAUAUUAUUACAUGUUCGUUCGUUUCGAGCGUGGUGCCGCGCCGAUUCCAUUGGCAAUCGUUCUAGUUACGGUACUACACAAAAUAAUAUAUAAGGUGCGUACGUCGCACAAAGAACGCGCACGUCGCGUAAAACAGAAUUUCUAUAGACUGACUUUGAAGACUUAGUUUUAAAUUAGGCAUAUCUCUUGUUUCCUUUGAUAUUUUCUUCUAAUAUAUUUGCCGAAUUAAUUACUUCGGAUGCGCAAUUCGCAAUUGCAUAUACAUAUAUUUUUCGCGACUGCAUCCGACGCGUAUCUUAAAAUAUAGUAAAUGCGGUAUCUUGGAGAAGUGCGUGAUUCAAGAACUCAGUAACUGCAAACUCCGAAAGUACUUGGAAUAGUUUAAUUCAGCCAAGAUUAAUAGGUAGUCGAUGGAGUCCGGAUCUUGUAAUUUAUACAUAUUUAAUCUUCGUUCGACUCGAUCCAAUUUCUAUUUUAAGUUUAUCUUUAACGGUCGUUUCGUUUCCUACCUGGAUUACGCACGAACUGGAUAGGUAGUUAAGAAAAUCUUGGCAUUAAAGCAGCAAAUUAUUCGCGGUAAAUGAUCGAUAAAGGAAAGUGUUAGCGUUAAUUUGGGGUCGAUGAAGCGUGUAUUUUUAUCGUACGAUCUGAUCGCGAGACUCCUUCACCUCACUCAGGAUCGUUUAAGCAAAGCCGAUGAAACUUCCACCUCGAAUUCUUAAUGCGCAAACAAAACCGGAGAUGUGUAAUCCUAUAUUUUGUACGACUCCUUGUCACCCUGAGUAUUGAUAAGAAAUCUUGUAUAUCGCGUUCGCGUAAAUUCUUCAAAAGCGUUAUACGUCGCGUAACGUACUAUGCCGAAUGAUUCCGACAUCUUAGGAUCCUGCACAGGUAUUCGCAUUCGUUUCUUUUCGUUAAUCCGAUGAUUAUUUUAUUUAUGAUAAGCCUCGAGUAGACUUUAAGUUUGUUUUGGUCGUCGCGUCGGUGUCGAACGUUGUUCCACGUUUGCGAACCGACGGAUUCGCGUCGUUCGUCGAGUAGAGGAUAAGUUGUUUGUCUUGGUUCGGUCUAAACGUUAAAAGCAAACGAGAGGAAAGAAAAAUGCGAGAAAAGGAUCACCGACAACGCCUCGUUUCUAUGAACAAUUUCGCCAGACGAAAACAACACCGAUUGUCCCGAGAGUCUCUCGGAUACAAUUGCUCGCGAUCAUUGGAAGCGUGUGUGUCGUUCGAAAAAAAGAGAAUCUCGCAAAUCGAAGGACCAUUCUCAGCCUCGCGUCGUUUUCGUUAAUUUUGUUAGAUUUUCGCGCGCAUGACUGUUGUUCGCGUUUUCACGGCAACGCAACGUGCAUUUCCGUCGGUACUUUCGUCAGAAAAUGUGUUAACGGAUUAAACGAGGGAUACGAGGCCAUGAUGUCCUCCGAGGAAUCUGAAACUUCUCUCUCUCUCUCUCUCUCUCUCUCUCUCUCUCUCUCAUUGAAUCACUUUCUUUAACACAAACUCUACGUGAAAUAAUUGUUCUCGAUAACAGAGAGUGUUGCAAAACUUUUAGGCAGUCGUCUUAUAGAUCACCGUAAUCUUUUCCAUCAAACACUCGUGCUUUGCGUUCUCAUUUGCAUCCACAGUUUAUCGUUGAUCCUCGAAUGGUUAAGCGAAUCCUAUCCUCGAAAAGAUCGCUCUUAGUUUUUCGGUGUUUCUUCAAAUUCUAAUACGAACGUAGCUUUCAUGUUUGACGAUGAUUUCGAAAUUCUAACGAUCUCGUAUAAACGUGGCGAAAAAACCAAAAUUCAGACCUUUCCCUAAGAAACGUUAUUCCUAAUCAAAAAAUCCUGCCAUACCGUGUCUUCCAAGACAGAGACUACGAAUAGCGAAUUAGUUUAGUAUUUAUGCACAGUCGUACGCCGUUAUCCGUUGCGCGGUCGUGGCACUCGCGCGAUGCAAUCGCAUCUUGUAUCGAAACGACAACGCUCUAUAAAACAUCGGGAACGUUGAUUGAUUUUUCGUUACCGUUAUUGGGUUCAGCCUUUUCGUUUACGAAAGCUAGGGCGGCGUAGCGACACGUGAAAAACGUUAAAACUUUGUAUACGAAACACUAAAGUAAUUAGAAUGUCAACGGUACUAAGAUUUUACACGUAGAAAGACGUAGUACUUGUAACGUCAACGGUUGCGAGGUUUCGCGAUCGAGCAAAUCGAGUAGUAUAUCGACGGAUUAGGAGUUGCGUACGGGAAACUACGUAAUAUCAAUUCUGAAUGGCCAGUCCCAAUAGUACAGAUUAUCGCUAAAAAUUAUUUUCACAAUUAGCGAAAAAUGACAAAGUUGAAAGUUCGUAGUGAAUGCGACCCGGCAACGUUCGAUGACGGAGUAGGACUCUACCUCUAACCUGUAAUAAGUUAAGUUGUCAUUUACCCUGGAGAAAAUGCGAACGUGUGCGAGCAUAAAGAUUGUGUGAAGUCUGAUCUCGUGGAGUCGAAAGUACGGAAGAAUACUUUGUACACAGGGAACGUUGUUUCGUUCGCUCGUCGUUAAAUUUCUGUAGCGAAAGAUAGACGCGCACGCGUAAAGCGUUUACAUUCUGUAAGAUACGAGUUUUAGCGACUAGGCUUUGUCGAAAGAUCAACGGUGGCACUAGUAAGAGUCAGCGAUAUCGAAGAGUUUUACUUUAUACUUUGUAUUAUUUCGUUCCUGCUUUUUUGGCCUCGUUCUUUUGUUCAACGCCAUGGUCGACGCGAUAGAUUGAAAAUUAAAAACCGAUGUUAUCCCGACGGUGCGUUAUGUGUUUUCUUACCGCUGCGUCGAGCGAAGCGACCAUAUAUAUUUUAACGUUUACAAAUCUUUUUACAUUAUACGGUGAACCGAACAAGAAUUGUCAUUUAUAAUAAGUAACGAGAUACCGAUGCGAAAAAUGAUUCAAAAACAGAAACGAACCGUACGAUGUAGCAUUUCGUAUCGCACCUAACGAUAAAUGAUAUUGUUUAAAAUGCAUCACACAUUUUUUUAUCCGUUUUAUUUAGCGCUUGUAUUAUAUAUGACUUUCGUUCGUUGAAAUUCAUUCGACUACAUCUUCGAUCUCUCGCCCCGGCCUUUGCCGAUUUCGCCACACAUAAUUACACAAAUGUACAUACUUACAUUGCACUAAUUUAGUAUUGCCGCUGAGUAUUACAACUAGUCACAUAAGCCAAAAGUUUGUUACUCUCGCAAAGUUUUCUUUUUUCUCAGUUUUGUAAUAAAGGAGGAUGAGUAAAA